AUGAGCGCGCCUUUGUGCAAUUGCGAUCCCCCUCGAAGUGCCGCCCUGGGAGUGGCAGGGCGGAGAUCAAAGCACCAGGGGCGCGAGUUCUGGACUUGUCAAGUCUGUGAUUUUUUUCAGUGGUUGGAUCUAGGUGGGACUAAUCUGUCUGCAGCCGGGCCGCCAUGUCGUUGCGGCCAUCCCAGUGUCUUGAAGAUCACGCAGAAAGCGCCCAACGUUGGCAGAUCCUUUUGGACCUGCGCCAGCAGCGGCACCUGCAGAUGUGGCUUCUUCCAAUGGGAGUCCCCCGACUGGGAGCCGCCAGCAUCGGCUUCCCAGGAUUCCAACCAGGAGGAGCAGAACUGCAAGAAAUGUGGCAAGGCAGUGCGCGUGAUGACAGUGGAGGAGCACAACCAAAAGGGCAAUGCAGGUCGCAAGUAUUACCGCUGCCGCUGUGGGAACUUCGAGUUCCUCACCACUGCCAAGCCGGUGGCCCCUCCCAGCAUGGCCACGCCCGGCAGUGCGGAGUAUGUCGUGGAUGAGAUCACGAGGAGACACUUACAGAGGCUCUUCGACGUCCCCUUCGGCACCAAAAUGGGGAUUGGCCGUGACCAGUGUGACCGGGCCCUGAGAUCCCAGCAGGUUCUUUCGGAGGGUGGCGGUGAGCAGUGCGGGCCCUACGACUACCUCAAGGUGGAAUGCGCUUGGCGCGUGUCCAAUCCGCAGCGGCAGAAGCGUUACGAGGACUUUCUGAAGAAGCUGCCGGACAUGGCUGAGGUUCUCAAGCCGCUGGAGGCCUCGAAGAACGAGAUGCUGCUGCUGCAUGGAACGAAGCCCGAGCAUUUGCAUGGCAUCCUCUUUGAAGGCCUGGAUGGGAAGACUUGUGCCAAGACCAAGGAACGCAUCUUUGUGGAUGGAGGCAAUGAGGCCUUGAGGUUUGUUAUCUUUGAUCCUGCAGCGCUGAGCAUUGAUUUUUUGGUGGCCUUGAAACGGGUUCAGCACUACUGCAACUGCGGGCAAGCUGCAGUGCGCAGAACUGUGACCAAUGGACAACCUGAGAACUUUGGAAGGGAGAUCCUCUUCUGUCACAAUGGUGCUGAGUCCGGAUGCGGUUUCAUCCACAUGUUACCUCAGUGCCAUUGUGGACGAGCAGCAGGCGUGGCGCGCAAGAAGAAUGGCGAGAGAUAUUUCCGCUGUGGAUCCAAGAGGGACUUCUGCGACUUCAAGGAGCUGCAUGGGUUUCCCAGCUGGCUGUAG